GCUGACGUGGCCAAAAGUUACUGGCCCACAUGGAACGAAACGUAAACAUCAGAACCGUACAGAUGCCACACUCCCGCCUUCACUAGAUUGAUUCCCCUCCAAAACAGGGUUUUGAUUGACAGAGUAGGGUUUUUUCAAUCACAUCCUCUCCAAAUUUCUCUUCUACACGGCAAUUAGGUUGGGGCAGGCUUCAAUUUUAGAGUGAUUGAGCAAAGAAAACGAAGCGGAGAAAGCGAUUAUGGGUGCACCGAAAAAGGGUGCAGCUAGGGUUACAGAUGACCCAGAGGAGUUAACCAGAACUCCAUUGCAGGCUAUUCUACUCGCCGAUAGCUUUGCCACCAAGUUCCGUCCUAUCACUCUUGAACGCCCCAAAGUUCUGUUGCCGUUGGUGAACGUUCCUAUGAUAGAUUAUACAUUGGCAUGGCUUGAAUCUGCUGAGGUUGAAGAAGUUUUUGUUUUCUGCUGUGCACAUUCCAAGCAAGUAAUUGAUUAUCUAGAGAACUCUGAGUGGUUUGAUCAACCGAACUUCAGGGUCACCACGAUAGAGUCCCACAAUUCUGUAGGUGCAGGAGAUGCUUUGCGGCUGAUUUAUGAUCGUCAUGUAAUACAUGGAGACUUUAUCCUUAUUAGUGGAGAUACAGUGAGCAACAUGUCACUUACACAGGCACUCCAGGAACAUAAGGAGAGAAGGAAAAAAGAUACUAAUGCUGUGAUGACGAUGGUUAUCAAGCAGUCGAAGCCCUCUCCAAUUACUCACCAAUCACGACUUGGUACUGAGGAACUUUUUAUGGCGAUUGAUCCCUAUACUAAGCAGCUUCUGUAUUAUGAUGAAAAGACAGACCACUCGAGAGGGACCAUAUCCCUUGAUUGUUCAUUGCUUGCUGAUAAACCUUCCAUAACUCUGCAUAAUGACAAGCAGGAUUGCUAUAUCGAUAUAUGCUCUCAAGAAGUUCUUACUGUUUUUAAGGACAAUUUUGACUAUCAGCAUCUUCGCCGCCAUUUUGUCAAAGGAUUGCUUAUGGAUGAUAUCACAGGCUACAAAAUAUUCAGUCAUGAAAUUCACUCGAGCUACGCAGCUAGGAUUGAUAAUUAUCGAAGUUAUGAUACCAUCAGCAAGGACAUAAUUCAGAGGUGGACAUACCCAUAUGUACCAGAUGUAAUAUUUUCCGGAAAUUAUUCAGCUAAACUUGAAAGACAGGGGAUGUAUCGAGCAUCAGAAAUAGAGCAAUCACGCUCUGCACGAAUCGGUCCUUUUACUGUUAUUGGAAAGGGUACGAGAAUAGGGAAUGACACCAAAAUUGCAAACUCAGUUGUCGGAAAUGGGUGCAAAAUUGGGUCAUAUGUCGUCAUAGAAGGUUCAUAUAUAUGGGAUAAUGUCAUCAUUGAAGAUCACUGUGAGCUCAGACAUGCAAUAGUAUGCAGCGGGGUAACAAUAAAGUCAGGAGCAGUUUUGGAACCUGGUGUUGUAUUAUCUUUCAAGGUUAUAGUAGGUCAAAAAUUUCUCAUUCCUGCUUACUCAAAAGUGUCUUUGCUUCAGCAGCCAAUUGAGGAAGAUAGUGAUGAAGAGCUUGAGUAUGCUGAAAAUAGCAGUGGAACUGUAGAUUCAUUGAUCACAGGCACAGUAGAUAAGUUAAAUGGAGAGAUGAUGUCUGAAUUAUCUGAUAUGCGAUGUUGGCCUGCAGCUGAGGUUGGUGAUGGUGGGGCUGGCUAUGUCUGGUCAAUAUGCGAAGGAGGUCAUGAGGAGGAAUGGCGGCAUUCAAUUGCCCCUAUUUCUGCUGAUAAACUUGCUGAGGCUAUACGUGCAAUAAAUGACGAUCUGGAAUUGUUAAAUCAAGAAGGUAAUGUUCUCUCAUCAUUUGGGGAGGCAAAGCGUGAGUUGGAUAGCGAUGAUUCUGAAGAUAAUGAAGAUCCUAGAGAUUUCGAGCAAGAGGUUGAAGCCACUUUUCAGAGGGCUGUUCUUGAAAACAUUGAAGUAGGACAUGUGAUCCUAGAAGUUAACUCAUUGCGGUUGGCAUACAACAUGAACUCAGAUGAUUGUGCAGGAGCGUUAUUUUAUUCAAUGAUGAAAGUGGCGCUAGAAAAUAGUUCUGGGGGUGAAUUGCUUAAAAAUGCUGCUAAUGUUAUAAGUACAUGGCAGAAACUGCUGAAGUCCUACCUUCGAGAAAUAGAUGAGCAGAUAGAAGUGAUACAAAAAUUUGAAGAAAUGUGUCUGGAAACUGCCAAGGAGUUCUCACCAUUGUUUGCACAGAUUUUGCAUUAUCUAUAUGAAAAAGACCUUAUAGCGGAAGAUGCUAUAUUGAGGUGGGAUGAUGAAAAGAAGGAUGCUGAUGAAUCAGAUAAAUUGUUUGUGAAGCAGUCAGAAAAAUUUAUUCAGUGGUUGAGAGAGGCUGAAGAAGACAACGAAGAAGACGCAGAAGAUGAUUAAAACUCGAAAAUAGAGUUCUGCUUUUUGCUGUACAAUCUUUAUUUUUGCUAACCACUGCCAAAUGUGUAAAUGGGACUUUACCAAUUACCACCUUUUUUAGUGUAUGUAAAGUUGAAAUUUUGAUGCGAAGAUGAUACUUUUUUCCAAUGAAAAUGAGAUCUAAAUGAAAUAAGAAUAUCUUAGAAAGAUUUGACUAGAAAUGUGGAACCAUUAUUUGAGUUACUCCACUAGAGUUAUUUAUACUUUCUAUUGAAAAAUUUCGAUUUUGUUUUUUGGUGUGCAUUGGAUAAAUCUAUGUGUAAUAGCCCACAAACCACGCAGAUCGGACAAACACAACACAUGAAAAAUUCAUGUGUGGACUCAUUCCUUUGAUAGGAUUUGAACUCAUUGUGACAGUGACAAGAGAGACUAAAUGUCAAGAUCCAUUUUAAGCAGUGAUGCAUUUAAGAACCCCAAUUCCUCUACAAAUAACUCAUACAUACAUGGUUCCAGAGACAUCAGACGUCAACAGAUGCACAUUGAUUACAUGAUUUCAUUGGAUGGUGUUCAUAUAAAGAAGGAUUUUAUUUUUUUCUGUUGCUAAAUGAAGCUUUUAGCCACAAUGGGCUUAUCAAAAGCGAGGCGGCCCGGGUGGCCCAGGAGGACCUGGAGGCCCACCAGGUCCACCAAACACUGGUCCACAGCAAC